AUGGGAACAAGCACCCACAGUCCCACUUCGCUCCACUGGUGCCUGGGAAAGUAUAGCAGCAGCAUCUAUUACCAGAAUUCAUGCAAAUAUGCCAUCGUGCAGCUGGUGCACAAGAUGGGUAAAUUUCUCCCGGUGAAGGAGAACAUAACAGCCAGAGCUCAGCCUGAUCUGGGGCCAUUGGUACCCCGUCAUGGAAGGCAGUUGGGGGAAAAUCCACUAGCUCUCAACAGCCUUGCUGACCCCAAAGUCAAGUUCAACCCUGAUUUCAGAGAGCAGAACAAAGUUGGAAACAAAGAAGACAAAUCCAUCCCUGUAGGAGCAAGCCACUCCAGCAGGCUUUUGGGCAGUGGUAUGCUAAAAUGGGCAGAUGCUCAGUGUAGCUCUGUGCCCUCGGGAGACCAGUCGCUGUCUUUCCUCCAUGGCCUCCCCAAACCCAGCCCAAUAGACUGGUCUUUGGAACACAUGACUAGGAAUGGCCCAUGUGGGUUCGAGAGCCUUGGUCUGAGGUCAAGUGAAGAUGAGUCUCUUCUGGCCAUGGUUGGAAGAGAAUUUAAAGUGCACCCCCCAAGUUCCAAUUUGCUGGAGAUGCUGGAGAAAGAGCUGAAAGUUUUGGAUCCCAUCUCUUCUGGGCUUCUUCUUCAAUCCCAGCUGAGUCGACUGCUAAUAAAGCACGAGCUCCCUCUUCAGUUACCCACUGUCAAGUUGCUUUUCCAGAGGUUCACUCAGACCAGAUUCUCAGAAUUGGUCAAUUAUAAAAAACUGCUGUGGUUUUUAAGGUUAGCAGCAUCCAGUGAAACUCAAAGGAGUGAGCCCACCACUGACGACAUCCCAGGGAAAAAAGAGAGUCUUGGCCCAAGCUCAUCUUCCGAAGCCAGUGAUAACCUAAUCGAGCUUCUCAGGAGUCCCCUGAAGAUGUCCAAGGAUCAACUCAACUUUGAAAACCUUCACCUGAGUUUUGAAAAGGAAGACCAACCAUUUUCUGGGCAUCUGCCACCCUCCAAGAUCAAGGAUAUUUGUGAGAAACAUGGACUGAUUCUGACCCCAUCACUAAUGGCAGCUUUGGGUAGCCACCAGGAUUUGAAUAUACAAGAUGAAAUCAAAUGGCAAAAGUUGAUGGAGUUCUUGGUCAAAGCUUCCUCAGAUGGGUCUUCUCCUUUGCCCCAACCUUCAGGAACAGAGAAAGCAGAAGUUCCAUACAGUGUUGCAGCUACUAAAGGUUCAGAUGCAGCUCAAAGCUUGACUGAAGAUCUUAAGCAGACAGAAGAUGGGGAGCCACCGCCUGCAAACCCAGCUUUGGAGACAAGGGCCAGCAGAAAGAUCCGACCAGCCUCACAGCCACACCUGAGCCAACUUGGGAACGAGGAGGCCCAGCGUGAGACGUGGAUGGACCGGUUCCGAAAGCUAGAAAAUGCCCUCUACUUGUGUGACAUGAACAAUACAGGUGUACUGGAGAAGGAGCGAGCCAGGCGUCUCAUGCACAACUACAAUCUCAUUUAUAACCUUGCCCUCAGCCCUCUGAAAAUUGAUCAGGCAGUCCGGAGGUUCCGUGUAGGAGAGAACCUGUUCUUGGAGCCAGCACUACGGUACCUGAAGGAGCUGUGA